UCUUUGGUGAAUAUUUUUGACAAUCUUGAACUCAUUUAGUGGUCGUGAUAUGAAGAAUCCGAAGGAUUUUUUAUUGUAGGCCAAUAUUUUUCUGAAUGACGUCAGAUGCAGUUUCAACAUGGCAGAAUAAUAUUUUGGACCACAGGCCUAUGAAUCAGCACUGCUGUGUCAUUUGUGUUUUCUGUCCUGGUAUUAAAAAGAGUCACUAAGGUAUUAAAAUACGUAGCUGAAAGCAUAAUGGAGUAUAUGCGGUCGAGCAGUGUAUCACACAGCAGCUCAAAUCCCUAUAUGGAUGGAGUGCCCUUUAAGAUCUCAGAAGCCACCAAACCUCCAAGUAAGGUUUCACUUCCUCUGAGUUUCCAAAUGCCAGAUCCCAGGAACAUUUUAUCAGAAAUGUAUGAUUUUGAAGUAGAACAAGCCGUUCUGAAUUAUGCAGAGGCACAGAGAGAAGCUGAAGAAGAAUUGGAAAUUUCUAGAGAGGAACAAAUUAACCAACUGGAGAAUAAUGAGUAUAAUAUGCAUACAACAGAAAGAGGAGACUGCCCAAACAGUUCUGACCAUGUGGGACAGCCAGUAGAAAAUGCUCACUUGAAACAAAAUGGACAUAUUGGACACCCAGAGAAAGUCAAUCCAUUACUGGCCAACAUAAGUAGUGAUAUUCUCACUCCUGUUCCCAUUGCCAGGGACAGAGUGAACACAGAUGAAAACAGAGAUGCACAGAAUGCUAGAAUAAACCUAGCAGACUUUGAAAAUGAACAAGACCCUUUUGAUAACUUAACCCUGCAGACAAUCAAUGAUAGAGAGGAGUUAAAGAAUUUGUUUUCUGUGUCCUCUCAGGAAAACGACAACAGGCUAGUAGCCAAUGGGAUUGGUCAUAAUUGUGAAGAAAAUACAAACAAUUCAAAUAUUCACAGUCAAAACACGGGCAAGGAAAUUAAUGGUGGUGAGAAUGUAGAAGUUGACUCUGUUGGAGUAACAUUACAAACUUCCAUAGAUAGAGUUUCCUACAAACCGCAUGUAGCUCAAAAACCAAAUAUAAACACUGGUGUCCUAAGAAAUGGGGGACCUGGAACUCAUAAGGAAGUUUUAGGACAGAAAAGAAGAAGUUUGCCAGAAAGUAAAAUUCCCAAGCUGCCUCCAAUUGGUGCUAUGACAGCUUUGGUUAGUUCUCCACUCCCUCCUAUUGGAGCGGGAAAUAAAGUCUCAGACUGUGACUCUACACUCACUAAUUCAAACCUAAAAUUUGGAGAACCUUCUGUGCUUUCUUCUUGGGAUGGCAGUCGGUCAACUCAGACCUCGUAUGGACGGUACAGCAGACAUGACAGUGCAAUUCAUGAAAGCUUAAACCUGGAAAAAUCAAACAUAACUGCUAGCUUUAGCGCUAGCUCAGGACCAUCAUUUCAGGAUUCCCGGAGGAGCUCACGCAGUACCCCAGACAUAUCCCAGGUAGAGAGGGCUCCAUUAAGUCCUUAUCUUACAACAAAGUCUCCCCCAUCACGGGUGUCUUCUGGCCAGGUGAGCCAGGAAGGUGUGGUCUUGGUUGACAGUGUGUCAUGCAGUGCUAGUGCUUGGAACAGGUACUCUCCUCUUCCCAGUACUCCUCAGACGUCCAGUCCGCCACAGGCAGGUCCUGCCAGGGCCACUCCACCUCCUAGACCAGCACCAAGAGAAAGAAAUCCAUAUAGUAAACUGUCCAAUGAAUCCCAGAGGCUGGUUGACAGUGUUGUUAGUAUGGGGUUUCCUCAAGCCAGGGUGGCAAGAGCUGUGGAAAAACUGGGAAUGGAUGAUAAACAGGUGGUGGAUCACUUGUGUCAUCUUGGCAGUCUACUGGAGAAGGGAUACACAGCUGCUGAUGCAGAAGACGCAUUAUUCUCAUUUCCAGAACAGGAUACAAAGGUUAAAGACUAUCUUGAAAUGUUAACCAACUUUAAACAGAUGGGAUUUCACCCUGCAAAAGUCAAGGAAGCUCUAGUAAAACAUAAUUGUGACAAGGAUAAAGCUUUGGAUCAACUAACACAGUUGUAGUUGGACAGUAUAGGAAAUUUGUAAGCAGUCCCUAAAAGCAGAGAUGCUUCUUUUUCAAAAUUGCUACUGUAAAGGAAUUUUGAUACUUGCUUUUAGAUGAAAUUGAAAUGGAUACACAAAAAGUAUGUAUGUUCCCAAGGUUGAAGACAAGGUUUUUGUAGCAAAAAUAAUAUUGACAGACUGAUAUUGAUGACUUUUUUAUUUCAUGUUAGUUGUGCAUUACUGUACUUGAGAAUUUCUAUUUCUCUAUUCAUGUUUUUUUUUUGUUACAACAGAUCUUUUUCAUGCCAAUUAUUGGUUAACAACCCCUUAGAUAUACAAUGACAUAAAAAUUUGGGUGAUAGCUUUUUUCUUACAUUUCAUUAAGACCUGCAAACAGUUUUCUUAUCAUAGCUUCCCUGCUUACUUGUGCUCACAUAGCUUGUCUUCGUAUCAUCCUCCUGUAGCCUGUCAAGCUGAUAGUACCAAGUACUAUUUAAUGUACAAAUUAAUGUAUUGUUACUCUUUCUAAUUUAGACUAAAAACUGAUUCUGCUCACCUUGACAGCUUUUACUAGGUAUAUUAAAUCUAGUGUACUUCUUCCAUAUUAAGUUUGUAGGUUUGUCCAGUUCUCUGCAUUUUAAUCAAGAUGCCAUGUGCAUGUAUGUUAUUUUCUUCUUAAGAGUGAUUUGUUUGUUCAUAUUGCAUUGCAUUGCAUUUUAUUUUAUUGUUGUAAACUGCAGGUUUUGAAGAAGAGGGAUGGAAAUUAUAGUCACGUUAAUGUCUUAAAAGGGGAGGUGACAUAUAUUAUUUCAGAUUUCCCUAUUCUUGUUAAACAUGCAGGAUGUGCUAUCUGUGAUAUAUUUACAAUACAGGGGUGCUUUUUGCAGAUAUACAUCAUGUAUUGCCACUGUGACAAUGUUUUAGGAUAAAUUACUAGUUUGUUGUUCCAGGCUACAAAGUGUGUAGUUUGUAGAAAAUGGCGAUCACCCGAACAAAUUGAUAACUUCACAGAGAUUUGUCACCCUCAUUUGUUAUUUUAAUGGUAGUCUUUAAUAGAUGUCUAACAUGGUGCAAACAGGGUAAAAAAAUUUUUGAAUAGCAGAGAUAAACAAUGAAGCACUUAAAAUUUAUAGUUUCCUGUGCACCAGCCUUCAAUUGCUCAUAAUCCAUGAAGGGUAUAUGCUUAGAAAUCCUGGAUAUAUUCCUUUUUUUUUUUUUUUUUUUUGAUAAAUAGCAUGUAUGGAUUUGUGCAAUCAAGCAGAAUAAAGUCUGCAUUUGAAUAACAUCAAGUGCAAAUAUACUGAUAUUGGUGUUGUAUAGUGUGUUGU